CUAUUCCUCCCACUGACACCAAUGAUGGAGCACUAUUCCUCCCACUGACACCAAUGAUGGACACUAUUCCUCCCACUGACACUAAUGAUGGGGCACGAUUCUUCCCACUGACUAAUGAUGGGGCACUAUUCCUCCCACUGACUAAUGAUGGGGCACUAUUCCUCACACUGACUAAUGAUGGGGCACUAUUCCUCACACUGACUAAUGAUGGGGCACUAUUCCUCACACACUGACACUAAUGAUGGGGCACCAUCCCCAUCAUUGGAAUACCAUACUGAAAUAGCAUACCAUAUUGAAAUGAAAUCUGAUG